AUGAAUGUAAUUAAUCCGAAACUAUGUGGAAACGAGAAAGCAGUGUUCUGGUUCCCAAUUACUCAUUAUUGUCUGAAGCUACAUUGUCCAGAACACAAUACUGUUCAUGAGCCGGCCUUGUGGACAAAUCUCGUGGAAACGAAGAGUCCGCGCAACCCACGUUUAGUUCACGACCUGAGCAGAAAUACUCUGCUGGUGCAAAGAUUUCAUUUUUGCGGCUAUGGAGAGGUAAGAAUUUUUCCAUGUCUUUACUCUGCAGAAUGUCUUCCUAUCAAAUUACUUUAUAGAUAUGCAUUUUCUAAACAGGCUGUUGAUUAUGUGACAUCGCCAUUAACAAGAGAAAUUGUUGAAGGACAUUUCCACUCUCUUGUAUUUUUCGUGCACGACUCUCUAGGUAGCGAAAAUAUUCAUGA